AUGUCCCCAUUCCGAAUAACUCGCAGAUCACUCAGAGCUUAUAUAUUUCUGGUCAUCUUUGCUUCCAGUUUCGUAGUAUUCACACUAACACCAAGUCAUUCAGUGGUCAGUACUAACCUGCCCACAAAUUUUAGUAUAUACCUCCCUCGAGUGUAUCAAGCACACCGGUCUGCACCUACAGGAUCACCAUGGGAUCUAGACUCUGAUACCCUAUACCCUGAACCACCACCACAACGCCCCUCUCACAUUUUCCGCCCAGACGGUCUCCUCGAAGUGCACCCAGGUGGUAGACACCCCAUCCUUGACCUCAUCGAACACGCAGAAAAAGAGUGGGAUGCAAAACUCGCACGCGCUAGUAAAACGCUUCCCGAAGCAGUUCGUGAGUACCACUUCAGAUACUCGAGAGCACCUCCACCCGGCUUCGAUAGAUGGUGGGCAUACGUCCAAAAGCACAACGUCCAGCUCCCAGACGAGUACGACCAGAUCAACAUCGACCUCGCUCCGUUCUGGGGUAUAAACCCUGCACGGCUCCAAGAAAUCCAGCUCGCUCACGAAGGUCACCAGCACAGCUACACCAUCGCUAAAUCAACACCCUCAGGUCCUGUCCACUUCGGAAACGAGUCACUCCCCGCAGACGAAGACACUCGCAAAAACUUGUUAGUAGCCGCCAAUCAGCUCCUAGACUUGAUCAAGGUAGUCGAAGACGAGUUGCCGUUGUUUAGAGCUGUGUUCAGCCCCCAUGACAACCCAAAUGUCUUUCUCACCCAUGACAUGAGGAGAAAGGUUGUCGAGGCAGGGGAAAAGGGGAAAUCACUCGACUUCCAAACUCAAGACCCACCCCCGUACAUUCGCGGCUGGAUGCAUGCCUGCCCCUUGAACAGCGUCGCACGCAAUCCACCCCCCUCGCCACCUUCACACACUCCAAAACCUAGAACAUUCAUCCACGAUCACCUCCUCGCCAUGGACCCCUGCGCCCACCCGUCCCAUCUCGCCCAGCACGGCCAGUUCCUGAGCCAUGGCCCCGGCCCCGUCGCGUACCCCUUCCCAAUCCCACAGUUCAGCUAUUGCAGUAGCCCACUACAUUCUGAUAUCAGGGUCCCGAUCAUGUUGAGUUGGGUGGAUGAUGUCGAGGGUGUGGAAGAAGGGGACUUGGAAGAAGCGUGGAUGCAAAAGGAUGAGGAGAGGUUACUUUGGAGGGGGCUGAAUACUGGGAUUCAUCAUGGGAAGGACAAGCCUUGGAAGGAUUCGCAGAGGGGACGCUUGAUGGAUCUUGUUUCUUCUUCGCCUCCUUCCUCUGGCCUUGAGAAACGUUCCACCGCCCACCCAAAAACCAUAGACGCCCUCGUCACCGAUCCUUCGUCCCCCGAGGGUGUCACAACGCAGACCUUUAAAAAAUCAAUCGUGAACCCUGCGAUGAUGGAUGUAGCGUUCGCUGGCAAACCGGGUCAGUGUGAGGACGAGGUGUGUAAGGAGGUGGAGGAAAGGUGGGAGUGGCGGCGGAGGAUGGGCUUUAAGGAGGCUGUGAAGUACAAGUAUGUCCUUGAUGUGGAUGGGAACGGCUGGUCGAGUCGGUUCAAGAGGCUCAUGACGAGUAAUUCGGUUGUGUUCAAGUCUACGGUAUAUCCUGAAUGGUUCACCCACCGUAUCGCCCCAUGGGUGCACUACGUCCCCAUCCAAGUCGACUACUCUGACCUGUACGACUCCCUCCUCUUCUUCCGUGGGGACCCGAGCGGGCAUGGUGCACAUGAAGACCUUGCAAAGAAAAUUGCGAGCAGAGGGAGGGAGUGGAGUAUGAGUUUUUGGAGGAAGGAGGAUAUGGUGGCUUAUUUAUAUAGAUUAUUUCUCGAGUACGCAAGAGUCAUGGACUCGGAUCGGGAUUCGCUUAAUUUCGAGUUGGAGGAAUGGUAG